GAUCGCCAGUAUGAGCCUGACACGGGUUUUCUUAUCAGGUGAGGGAUUGGAAGAGCGUGUAGGAAACGCGACGUGAGCUGAGAUAGGAUUUGCUUGGGAGAUAAUCACCUGUUCAGUCGAUCGAUCAUUCUAGACUGCAAGCCUCCAGCCAUGGAGCGCGCAUACGACUUCAUCGUCGUUGGCGCUGGAGCAUCUGGCGCUGUUCUUGCAUCGCGCCUUGCCCACACACCUAACGUACCUUCAGUCCUGCUCGUUGAAGCAGGAGGAUCAAAUGACGAAGCUGCUUACCUCUCAGGUGCCGAUCGUUAUAAUGUGGCUUUCGCAGCAGGAUCUCCAUUGAACUGGCACUACAAGACUACCCCACAAACACAUUUAAAGGGCCAGGUGAUAGACUAUUCGCGAGGCAAAGGCUUGGGAGGGAGCACAGCUAUCAACUUCUGUGGGUGGACCGUGGGACCGAGGGAUGACUACGAUGAGUGGGCAAGUAUCGUUGGCGACGAGCGCUUUGCCUGGUCAAACGUGAAGAACGUGCUUAAGAGGAUCUCGAACCUUGAUACUAGGAUACCAGACCAGACUAUGAAUCACAGAAUCAAUGCGAAACCUCACAAUCACAGCACAUCGGGCAAUCUGGAUCUCACUUAUGGCGAAUCAUGGCUUCCGGAUGUCGGCGACAUUUUCACGGCCGCUGAACAAUCUGGACAUCGCAUUAAUCCAGACGUGAACAAUGGCGAUCCCAUUGGUAUGGGCAUGGGUAGUGUGUGCAUAGCCAAGGGCAUUCGUGCAACAUCGUCAAGCGCGUACCUCUCUCGAACGCCGCCAAACUUGAGAGUUCUAGUCAAUACACCAGUCGCACGAGUGUUGUUCGAUGGUAAACGAGCGAUCGGCGUUGAAUCUAUCGAUGGACAACAACUCAUAGCCCGUAAAGAAGUCAUCCUCGCGGGUGGCGCCCUUAAUACACCUCAAAUUCUCAAACUGUCUGGCAUCGGCACGAAGAACGAACUAGAGAGUCUCAAUAUUUCGACUGUACAAGAGCUUCCUAUGGUGGGAGUAAACCUCCAAGACCACUGCUUCUCGACAGUCGGGGUUGUACUGGAGAAGGAUACGGCACUGCCUCCCGGACCUCCAACCCAAAGUCCCACUCCAAUGGGCUGGUUCAAGUUGCCCAGUGUAAUCUCUUCAUCAGAGUUCCAGAAGCUACCAUUACGAGUACAAAAGCACAUGCAUAAAGCGACCGUCCCAGCGAUGGAGAUAGCGACACACUCACUCCCCUCCUUUCUCGCCUACGAGCCUGCAGACUCAGAAACAUACGUUGGUGCUAUCUGCCUCAUAAUGAACCCUCAAUCGAAAGGCACCGUGACACUUCAGUCAUCAGAUCCAAGCAUCGCACCACUCAUCGACCCCAAAUUCCUCACACACUCUUUCGAUCAGCGCGUUCUCAUUGAAGGUAUUCGCGAAGUAAUGCGCAUUCAAUCUGCCCCCAUUUUCUCGUCUCGUACCCUGAAGCGGCUUGGGCCCGCUGACGACUCUGACGAAGCUAUAUGGCAGCAUGUCAAAGGCAAUUUAAGGAGUAGUUGGCAUAUGAGCUGUACAGCUAUGAUGGGGAAGAGCGCAGAGGAGGCGGUGGUGGAUAGCAAGUUCAAAGUGUUUGGCGUUGAAGGGUUACGGGUAAUUGAUCUGAGUGUUUGUCCUUUUGUGAUGAAUACCCACACUCAGAGCGUUGCGUAUGUACUUGGCGAAAUUGGAGCGGAUGUUUUGGCCGAGGAGUAUGCCUUGGGGCAGGUUGAGGUUCGGGGCAAGGCGGAGCCAAGUUCAGAGGAGAAAUUGUAG